UCCGGCAGUCUCGUGUCGCACGGUUCACGGUGGGCGUUCAGCAGCGUCGUCUUCGUCAGCUUCAUACAAAACAUCACGGAACCGUUACACAAGUUAGGCCGCUUCAAAAGCGCGAAAUUUCCAGGCUUAGCCGGUUGACGAAGAUGACAGAAAGUGCUACGAGUAAGCUGCUAAACGGAGACGUUUGUCACAGGACCUCAAACGGUAGAAAGGCCAGAAAAAAUGGCUUCGUGAAGGAACACUGCCUGUUUGAACAGCCACAGAAGUAUCGCCGCCCUAGAGAGAAGAACCAAAAUGUCCCCCAUAAUUCCAGCUUGUACAAGAAGCCAUUUGUGGAAUCCUUCGAGGAGACUCCCCUGUGGGUUGCUGUGCUCACAUACAUGGGCUAUGGCAUCCUCACCGUCUUUGGCUACCUCAGAGACUUCCUCCGACACUGGAACAUCGAAAAGUGUCAUGUGGCUCGUGAGAGAGAGGAACAGAAGGAUUUUGUUCCCCUCUAUCAGGAUUUUGAAAACUUUUACACCAGGAACUUGUACAUGAGGAUCCGAGACAACUGGAACCGACCUAUCUGCAGCGUUCCUGGUGCCAAAAUGGACUUGGUAGAGAGAGUAACUCAUGACUACAACUGGACUUUUGAGCACACGGGGAAAGUGGUGAAGGACGUUAUCAACAUGGGUUCAUACAACUACCUAGGCUUUGCUGAGAACACUGGAUCUUGUGCCGAUGCUGCUGUUGAGGCCACAAAAAUGUACGGAGUGGGAGUGGGCAGCACUCGCUGUGAGCUGGGAAACCUGGACAUCCAUGAGGAAAUGGAAAAGUUGGUUGCCAAGUUCCUGGGUGUUGAGUCAGCUAUGGCUUUCGGCAUGGGCUUCGCAACCAAUUCCAUGAAUAUUCCCGUUCUCAUGGGGAAGGGUUGUCUCAUCCUGAGUGACGAGCUGAAUCAUGCGUCGCUGGUGCUGGGCGCUCGCCUGUCGGGCUCCACAAUUCGGGUCUUCAAACACAACAACAUGCAAAGCCUUGAGAAGCUACUGAGAGAUGCCAUCGUACACGGGCAGCCGAGAACCCACCGACCCUGGAAGAAAAUUCUUAUUGUGGUGGAGGGCAUUUACAGUAUGGAGGGGUCUAUCGUACGUCUGCCAGAGGUCAUAGCUCUGAAGAAGCGCUACAAGGCCUACCUGUACUUGGAUGAAGCUCACAGUAUCGGCGCCCUGGGCCCUAAUGGCAGGGGGGUGGUGGACUACUUUGGCCUGGACCCCAAAGAUGUUGACAUCAUGAUGGGGACAUUCACCAAAAGCUUUGGUGCUGCUGGAGGAUAUAUUGGAGGCAAAAAGGAACUGAUUGACUACCUGCGCCACCACUCUCAUAGUGCCCUGUAUGCCACCUCCAUGUCCCCUCCUGUGGCCCAGCAGAUAAUCACCUCUAUGCAGACCAUCAUGGGAGAGGAUGGGACCACACUGGGUGCUGAUCGCCUCCGACAGCUUUCAGAGAACACCACCUACUUCCGCAGAAGACUACGUGAAAUGGGCUUCAUCAUCUACGGCAAUGACGACUCACCCGUCGUACCCUUGAUGCUGUACAUGCCUGCCAAAAUUGGGGCCUUUGGUCGGGAGAUGCUGAAGAGGAACAUCGGCACAGUGGUCGUCGGCUUUCCUGCGACACCCAUCAUUGAGUCCAGAGCACGCUUCUGUGUUUCAGCUGCUCAUACCAGAGAGAUGCUCGACACAGCAUUGGAGGCCAUCAGCGAAGUGGGCGACCUUCUGCAGCUGAAGUACUCAAGAUAUGAGCAGCCUCUUCCCUCAGUGGGGUGGAUGUCUGAGGAGAGUCUUCUUCGAGACUGAGUCGUAUCAUCCCCUCCUUGUCACAUCACGCUUUUUUCCCCUGACUCGCCGCCCCUCCCUUAGCUUUUCAUGUCCGAUAUCCGUCUGUUGCCCCAUCAUUUUUCUCUGAGCCAGGCUCUGCAUUUGAGUUGUCCGUAUCUUUUCACAUCUGACUCCAGUGGACUCAAAGCCAAAGUCCCAACAACUCCACCCCGACCAAAUCACCCACACACGUCUGUGUCCGUUGUUGCAAAGUCCAUUCAGAGCCUUCCAGUUUGUCCUAACUUAUGGUGACUGCAUUUCUAAAAAAGUGAAGUCUUAUUCUUGUGCGCACAUUGAAUGUGUAUCUUAUUUGUGCAAUAACAGCAGUGUGGCAUUUCAUUCAAUUCAAACAACCUAGAGCAAAGUAAAAAGAGCUUUCUUGCACUUAGAAAGAAAUCUGAUCACAGCUCCCGCUAUGACAAACACAAGAGGAAAUGAUAUGUAAAUAUUAUUUAUCACAACAUUGGUAAUACUGCCUCAGGGUAGUAUCCCAAACCUCAGUGAGAGAUGCAUUAUUUCACAGGAAUAAGCAUGUGUUCUGUAUGUUUGUCUGCUUUUUAUUUCUUAUCACUUUUACUUGAACAGAGAGAUUAUUGGGUUCUUUUCCCUAACCAAAGGAUGUAAGUAUAUGUAUAGAUUAUAUUUUCUAACCUUCCUGUUAAAAUGCAAAGCAGAUGUUCCAAAUGAAAACAUUUAACAGGGAAAGAAUUUCAGAGAGCAAGACAGAGGAUUUUUUUUUUUAACUACAUAUUUUCUAGAAAUAUUUUUCAGCUUUAUUUACUGUUUACACCUGCACUCAAAGGUUUGAACCUAGUGUCCGUAAUGUCUCUAUAAGCUAAUGAGCUACGCGUGUGAUUACCCCCCCCCC